AUGGGUCUGUUGAACAAUAAAGAAGUCCUUCUCAAAGUUUUCAUAGUUUUUUCUGGUCUCCUAGUAUUUUUAACUGGUGUCACAAAUAUUUUUGAAGUAGGAUCUUAUACACCAACUCUUGUAUGUUUUUACCUUAUGUAUCCUAUAAAGCAAAACAAUCUUAAUAAAUUAUAUAAAUAAAUUCCUCUUUUUUUGCAAAAAUAAGCAUUUUUCAUACUAUUUCCAAUGCAAAUUUACCUAUAUUUCCAAUAACAUUUAUUCAGAAUCUGUUCAAUCAUUGUAGUGGCAGGCGAAAUUUCUCCUUAUAUCCUAGAAAACUAUAUCCUCCAGAUCUUCCCAUUCCUAUCCCAAACAUUAGGAAAAGGAGUCUUUUAUAUCAUGAUUUCCACUUUUUGUUUUGGCUCAGAAAUGAGUGGAAUAGGAAUUGCAGCAGGGAUCACAUUUUUAAUUUCGGGGAUUGCUACAAUUACUUUUGGUGGAUUGAAAACUCAGCAGAUGCAGCAGCCAGAAGGAUAUAGCAUGGAGCCAACAUUUAUGGGCCAAACACAAGGUUAUCAGCCACCAAACAAAGUUGGGAUUUAA